AUGAUGUUGGCUGAACGUACAAUGGAGGAAACCAAGUAUGAAUGUAGCAAAUGUGGGAAAGGCUUCCCUAGACAACACAGGCUCAACAAACAUAUGAAAACACAUACAAAGCCAUACAAGUGUCUAUUUAGCAUGCCGAGAGCCACUCCUGAUCGAUGCCCCGCCGAGUUUGCGGAGAAGAAAGACCUCCUUCGUCACCGAAACACCAACCAUGUAAGAGUCGACGGACCAUACAAGUGCCCUGACUGCGGGGAAGAACUAGGAAGGUCAGACUAUGUAUCGCGUCACCUCAAUGAGUCUUGCCGCAUGAGAAAAGGUGGUAAACAGGCGCCGUGUAGGUAA